AUUUUCUGUAACAGUCAAAUUUUCAAUUUUCAAUUGCCAAUUUAUUAGACAGCACCUAAAAUUAUUUUUUCUGUCAUUUUUCCUAUAUCAGUAACCUCAACACCAUCAUCAUCAAUCUAGUCUUCAUGGGAGAAGUGGAUCAAGCUUUCAUACAAUCCAUCGAACACCGAGCCAACCUCGAUACCAUCGAAAUCGAAGGAAUCCCAUUAAUCGAUCUUUCACUAUCCCACACUACAGACAUCAACCUACUCGUUUCAGAGAUCGGAAACGCUUGCCAAAACUGGGGUUUUUUUCAAGUGAUCAACCACGGGGUGCCUUUGGAAUUGCUCGAAAAGAUUAAGGUAGCAGCUAAAGCAUUCUUCGAUCAACCCGUAGAGGAAAAACGUAAGGUUAAACGAGAUGAAGUGAAUGCUAUGGGGUACCAUGAAAGCGAGCAUACUAAGAACGUUAGAGACUGGAAAGAGGUGUUUGAUUUCUUGAUAAAUGACCCUUCUUUUUUACCAGCUUCGCCUGAGACUGAGGAUGAUGAAAUAAGGACGUUGAGUAAUCAGUGGCCUGAGACUCCUCCACAGUUUAGGGAAGUAUGCCAGACGUAUGCAAGAGAGGUUGAAAAGCUAGGUUACAAGCUAUUGGAACUCAUCUCUUUGAGCUUAGGCUUGCCAUCUAAUAGGCUCAAUGGCUACUUUGAAGACCAUACAACCAUGAUGAGACUUAAUCACUAUCCUCCAUGCCCUUUCCCUGAGCUAGCACUCGGCGUAGGUCGACACAAGGAUGCCGGUGCUUUAACCAUCGUCGCUCAAGAUGAUAUCGGAGGAUUACAAGUGAGGAGAAAAUCGGACGAAGUAUGGGUUCCUGUUAAACCGACCCCAAAUGCUUUGGUCAUCAAUGUUGGUGAUACUAUUCAGGUUUGGAGCAACGAAGCUUACGAGAGCGUGGAGCAUAGGGUGGUGGUGAACUCGGAACGGGAAAGGUUUUCGAUUCCAGUCUUCUUUUUCCCUUCUCACUACGUGAUGGUGAAGCCAUUGGAGGAGCUUGUGAACGAGGGAAGCCCACCCAAAUAUAAACCAUACAACUUUGGAAAGUUCUUUGUGGCUAGAAACCGCAGUGAUUAUAAGAAACUUGAGGUCCAAAACAUCCAGAUAAGUGAUUUUAAGAUCAUCUAAUUUGUGCCGUUUUGGAAGUGUUGGCAAAGGUUGAAGCUUUCUGGUGUUCGAGUUCUAUCAUGCGCAGAUGCUAUUCGCGGAUUCUCUCUCAAAUUAUUUUGGGUUUAAGUCGCACAAUGUGCUAGUUCAUUCCCGAUUUAUUCUAGUUUAAGUCUUAAUAUAUUUCGAUUUUCAGUUUGUUGUACUUUAUAUCCAAUAAAUUCUACUUUUUGUUAAUCAAACAUGUAGAUUUGUACUAUAAUUAUAGUCGUAAAUUUCUUUAAAAA